CCGCCUAGUGCGCAUGCGUGCGCACUUCCCUUAGCAGGUAAAGUCUACCAUGGCGGCGAGAGGCCAUGUGCAAGACCCCAACGACCGGAGACUCAGACCCAUAUAUGACUACCUUGAUAAUGGCAACAAUAAGAUGGCCAUCCAGCAGGCUGAUAAGCUGCUGAAGAAACACAAAGACCUGCACUGUGCUAAGGUGUUGAAGGCCAUCGGCCUCCAGAGGACAGGAAAGCAGGACGAAGCCUUCUCAUUGGCCCAGGAAGUCACUUCUCUUGAACCCACCGAUGACAACUCCUUACAAGCCCUCACCAUCCUCUACAGGGAGAUGCAUCGCCCCGAGUUGGUCACCAAACUGUACGAAGCUGCCGUCAAGAAGGUUCCACUCAGCGAGGAGUACCACUCGCACCUUUUCAUGGCCUAUGCUCGCGUUGGAGAGUACAAGAAGAUGCAGCAGGCGGGAAUGGCCUUGUACAAGAUUGUCCCCAAGAAUCCAUAUUACUUCUGGUCUGUGAUGAGUCUGGUGAUGCAGGCCAUCUCUGCACAAGAUGAAAAGCUGUCUCAAACCAUGUUCCUGCCACUGGCUGAGCGCAUGGUGGAGAAGAUGGUGAAAGAGGACAAGAUUGAAGCAGAAGCUGAGGUGCAGCUUUACUUUAUGAUCCUGGAGCGUUUGGGAAAGUGUGAGGAGGCUCUGGAUGUGAUCAAGGGUCCAUUAGGAGAGAAGCUGACAAGCGAGCUUCAGAGUCGCGAGAGCAAGUGUAUGAUGCUGUACAGGCGACUGCAGCGCUGGCCCGACUGUAACGCUCUGGCCCACAAACUGCUGCUGAAAAAUCCUGAUGAUUGGCAGUUCUACCUGGCAUACUUUGAUUCGCUCUUCCACCUAAUUGAUCAGUCGUGGAGUCCGCCGCAGGAGGGCGAACACUGCUCAGAGGGUGCGGUGCAUCACACAGUGGCUGAAGUAGUGAGGUUUGUGGAGGAGCGGAUCAAGGGCGAGGAUCACAUAGACUCUCGCUCGCUGCGGGGUCCUUACUUGGCCCGUCUGGAGCUGAUACACAGGCUGCGAGAGCGAGGCUACCCUGAAGAAAGCCUGCUGGGAGAGCCUUUAGAGCUGAUGGUGCAGUUUUUUGCCAAGUUUGGAGACAAACCUUGCUGCAUCACCGACCUGAGCAUUUACCUCCACCUGCUGUCUCACGACCAACACGUGCAGUUCAUCAACCGCCUGAGCGAGUCCGCUCCAGUGGGCCAGCCGGGCCCCGAGGCCUUGUCCUUCCCUGACGACACCAAAGCGCUGCAGAGACAUUUGUGUGUGUGUCAGCUGAGCCGAGCGCUCGGCCUGCAUCACGCCCUCGACACCGCCGGAAAGCUGCGACUCAUCGCAGAGCUGAAGGCUCAUUAUCGCUACGGCCUCAAGUUUGGGAAGGACGCGCUGAAAACGGAGCUCCAGUUUUCUGACAUGUACUGUCUAAUGGCGGCGCACGUCUAUGUCGACCUGUGGACAGAAAGCGGAGACGAGGACAUGGCGUGGCAGUGUCUGGGCCUCCUGCAGGAGGGCUUGUCCAACAGUCCCUCCAACGCUCAGUUCAAGCUGCUGCUGCUGCUCCUCUACUGUCGCCUCGGCGCCUUUGAGCCCGUGGUGGACCUCUACGCCAGCCUGGACGCCAAGCACGUGCAGCACGACACCAUCGGGUUCCUCCUGACACGUUACGCCGAGUCACUGGGGCAGUUUGCCGCCGCAUCCCAAGCCUGCAACUUCUCCCUCAGGUUUUUCCACUCCAACCAGAAAGAUACCUCAGAGUACAUCAUCCAGGCGUACAAGUACGGAGCCUUUGAGAAGAUCCCAGAGUUCAUUGCCCUCAGGAACAGGUUGAACCAGUCGCUGCAUUUCGCCCAGGUCCGCACCGAGAGGAUGCUGCUGGAUCUGUUCCUGGAGGCCGACAUUGUGUUGAGUCUGGAGGAGAGUGUGAAGGCCAUGUGUUUGUCUGCAGAGGAGGAUGACAUUCCCUGGGAUAACAUGAGGGACAACAGAGACCUCACAGUUUUCACCUGCUGGGACCCCAAAGAGCGGCGGUUAACUGACGAGCACCGGCAGCACUCCCUGGAGGACGAGUGCAUCUGGCUGCGGAUACGUUCUCUCACGCUCCGCCUCCUCACCUCGCUGGCUACGCUGGGACAUAAACCCUCGCUGCUAAACUCUGAGCUGGCCACCGAGAACGGCGUGGGGGACAAGGCGUCUGGCCUGCACGGCCUCCUGGCGCAGCUCCACCAGACUCUGCAGACGGCCGCUCAGCUGGCUGAGAAACGCAAGCAGUAUCCAUUCCUGGGACCCCCCUCCACCCGUCUGGCUGCCGCCCUGUCCAGCGGGAGCUGUCAGUGUCAGGCGGCGGCGCUCCAGCUGUCGGCCCACAUACACAAACUGGACGGCGUCGGACUCGACGAGUCGUCGGAGCUCCAAACACAGAUGUGCAACACCUUCAAGUCGCUCGCUGUUCAACUUCAAGAAAUGCUGACUAAAUGCAAAGGAGAUUUACAGGAAAUGAAAGAAGGCAAAUUAAAAACCCGACCAUCUUUAUUAGAAAACCUCAUCUUCUUUGUGGAGACGGUGUGCGUGGUCUUUUGGGUCGCCAGUUACUCCGCCAAGGUCCUGCGGCCGCUCAAGACCAGCCUACAGAAGAAGAAGAAGAAGAAAAAGGAUGCCAGCACAACUCAGCCGGCGGUCAUGUGUGGCUUCCAGGAGCUGACCGCCAGCUUGCAGGACCUGCUGGCCCAAGCCUUGGAGCACAUCCGAGGACAGGAAGUCAUCAUCACGGCCAUUCAACUGUCAACUUUAACCUUGGAAGGAUCCACAGAGGAGGAAUGGUCCUUCACCAAGGCUGCUGUGGACAAGCUGCAGAGCAGUCACCUGCACUCGCUACAGGAGGCGGGGGACCUGCUCAAGAAGAGGGCGGAAACGCUAAAGAACCUCAAAAUCUAAAAGCCGUCACGUUCACCCCAAGUGGCUUUUUUUUUUUUUUUUUUUUUUUUCUAUCACCUGGAUUGUGUUUUUGUGUCCAGUCAGCACAUUUCUGGAACAGUCUCAACUUCCACGCGCCGCUCACGGAUUCAUACUGCGAGUGCGUGGUGAGACCUUAUUAUGCUAAGUAGGCUCUUUUAGACAAACUAGUAAAUUAUUGUACAUAGCGAGCGACUAUAAAACACAAUAAACCACUAUUUUUUUGUUUUGGUCGGUCAGUCACGUUCCCUCACUUUGUGUGCAACAAACCUCAUAAGAAGUCUCCAUCAAACUGAAGAUUUAUUUACUUUUUGUCUGGCUGUGAAGGAAGUGAACCGCCUCCGUAGUUGCAGUAUUAUAAAAGAGUGGAUUUUUGUUUUUAGUUGGUUCCUGUCACUUCUUCCCGGUCACACAUGACCUCCUCGCCAACCAGCAGAUUGUUUUAAAUCUGGAAAACAAUCCUCAAACCGCUGCGUAGACUUCAUGAUGACAAGUGCAACCUUUUUUUUUUAACAUCAGAACUGAUCUGAGUGGGUCCUGUCUUCUGUGAAAUUUGGACCUGAUUGUAAAUAACACGGGAAGUUAAAGUUCGGAGUGUAUGUGAGAGAGAGAGAGAGAGAGAAUACAUGUGUGUGUUAGUGUUCCGUCAUUCUAUGUCACCUCAGAAUCGGUCAACUCAAUCUUCUGAGAACAUGUUGACCAGCAAGAUGGACGUUUUAAACGCUGUUAAAACACUAUAUUUAACUUAACGCUCCUUCAAUAUACAACACAUUUUAAAUGGAUGUUAUCUGAGCAAAAAAGAAAGAAAGAAUCUAAGUUAUCUCAAUUUCCUUUGGUGAGAAAUGAGAAAUCUCCCAGUUUCAUGAUGAAAGAAGUGUUUUUAUGAAGAACCUGGCUCACUCUCUCACAAUCUCAUGUUGUCAUCUGAGUGAGUGGAGAAUGUUGAGGUCCGAGCGCAAUGAUUGACAAUCUGCAAGUGUCAUCUCAUUAUCCGCCUUUGUUAGAAAAUGGAAAAAAAAACAGAAACACUGGAAUGUCAAAGCUUUUUUUUUUUUUUAAAUAAAAUAGUAAAUGUGG